ACUGUUCUGUAUCUGUGAUACAGACCUAACUCCAACCCAAAAUGGCCCUGCACGUGCAGGUUCCCGCACCCACCUUUCACACUCCCAAAUCCCUUUCUUCUUCUUCUCCUUCAUUAGCCUCCCCCACCAAUGCUGGCCUUCGGCCGCCGUCCGAGUCUUUUGCUCUCAAAUCAUCCUUCUUCUGUGGCUCUGUUAAUCUCCUGCUUCUUCCCAAUCAUCGCAAUCUUGUUUCUGCAACUCCCAGGAUUUCCAUGCGCGUCGCUUCCAAGCAGGCUUAUAUCUGUCGUGAUUGCGGCUAUGUUUACAACGAGCGAACUCCUUUUGAGAAAUUGCCUGAUAAUUACUUCUGCCGCGUGUGCGGUGCUCCAAAACGAAGGUUUAAGCCAUAUGCACCCGCAGUGACGAAGGAUGCAAAUAAAACAGAUGUGAGAAAGGCAAGGAAAGCUGAACUUCAGAGAGAUGAAGCUGUCGGGAAGGCACUCCCUAUUGCGGUAGUGGUGGGAAUUGUGGCCCUUGCUGGUUUAUACUUCUAUUUGAACUCCCAGUCUUGAGACCUUUUUGGUUCCAUACUUGUAGUUCCUUCGAUGUCUGAAUCCUGCACUCUGGAUUCCCACUUCUUAUUAUUUCUCCCUCAACUUUCCUUGCCUCCUUUUUGUUCCUUCUCUUCAUUUUCCAAUGUUGUAAGCACAAGUAUUGAUGCAAAAACACAAUAUUGAAUAUUUUCUCCAAACUAUAACAGUGGAAUGUGACUUUUUAGUUAAAAGUCUAUAAAAAAAAUUUAAUUAUAGACUCAUGCUUUAGUGAAAUAAGAGUUGUUGUUGUUAUU